AUGUAUUGUAGUAAUUUAAUUUUAAUUGUUUUUUAUUUUAUUCACUAUGCUUUUUGUAAUGAUAAAAUUGUAGAUCAAAAUUUCAUUGAAGAUACCAACUAUCAACAAUCAAAUACCAUUUUAUUUUUAGAUAAUGAAAAUAAACUGUAUUCAAAUUAUUAUAAUCAAAAAGCCAAAUUAUUAAAUUCGUUUAUUCCUUUAAAAGAUUCAAAUAUUUUGGGUUCUUUUUCCAAUGAUACUGUAUUUUUCAUUGGAACAGAGCAUUUAAAUAACUCUUUUAUUAAUAAUAAUAAAAAGCAAAGUUUAAAAAAUAUUUUAAUAGUAGAUGAUGCAAAUUGGAGAUUCCACCACUCUAUGGCCCUUCAUGAUGGAUCUAUAGAGAUCUAUUCCAUGUCAUAUAGAGAACUAAAUAACAAUAAUUAUUUAUCAAUAUCUAUACACACAUUAAAUCAAAAAACAAAUUUCAGUGAUGUAAUUUAUUUAAAACAGUAUCCACAAAUUACAUAUUCAAGUAAUGUUGUUAUAGAUCCAAAUCAGAUUAAAAACUUUAAAUUUUGCCAUGAUAAAGUUAAUAAUGUAUAUAUCGCACUAGUCCAAAAUAAAGAUAAUGAUACCGUUGUAGUACAAUUUAGAGAAUAUGUUUUGGAAAUCUACACUAUUGAUACCAACGAAAUUCAAUUCAAUUCUAUUAUAUUUGGUAACUAUAGAAAGUUUUUAAUACUAUAUGGAGUAAAUAAUAAUGGCAGCAGUCAAAUUUUACAAUCAUAUAAUUUAAUUUCAAACUCAUCAAACACAGAAAUGAUAUUAACAAACAUCACCCACCAAUAUAAUAUUGUCAAAACCAAUGAUCCACAAAUAUUUUCAUUUUAUAAAGAAUCAGAAAGCAACCUUAGCAAUAAUGUAAUUGUAUCAUGCCAUUUGGGUGAAUCCGUAAACUGUCAAACUAAAGAAAUUUUCCUCUAUUCUGGAAUUAAAUCAUUUUCCCAAGCCCACCCACCCAUCAAUAGUAUUUAUUUAACAUAUAUUGCCCCAUCGAACAAAUGUGCAAACAAGGCUGUUUUGAUUACCAUAAUAGUAGUACCAAUAAUAUCAGCUAUACUAUUAAGUAUUUUGGGUCUUAUAAUAUAUAUCCGUUUCUUUAAAAAGAGUGCUACUAUAAAUCAAAGCUUAAACUACAAUAAUAUCAUAAAUAAUAAUCAAUAUAAAAAAGAUUAUGAAUUUGAAAAAGAAAAUGAAUUUGAUAGAGAAGAAGGUGCAGGAUAUAUUAAACAAUAA